CGCUUUGUUAACGUCACAGACGCGCCGUUACAAGGCGGGCGGGCGCAGCGCAGCGCCGCGUCGUGCCGAGGCCGGGCAUGGCCCAGCUGGGCGCCAUCGCCGCUCUCGUCCUUAGUUUCCUCGCUGCCGCCUUCUUGUCCGCCAUCCAUAAGAUCGAGGAGGGUCAUAUCGGCGUCUACUAUCGCGGCGGCGCGUUGCUGACCUCCACCAGCGGGCCGGGCUUCCACCUCAUGCUGCCCUUCAUCACGUCCUACAAGUCAGUGCAGACCACGCUGCAGACCGAUGAGGUGAAAAACGUUCCCUGUGGUACGAGUGGAGGAGUGAUGAUUUACUUUGACAGAAUCGAGGUGGUGAAUUUCCUGAUCCAGAGUGCAGUAUACGACAUAGUGAAGAACUACACUGCUGACUAUGACAAAGCUCUCAUCUUCAACAAGAUUCACCAUGAGCUUAACCAGUUCUGCAGCGUCCACACGCUCCAGGAGGUUUACAUCGAGCUGUUUGAUCAAAUUGAUGAAAACCUUAAACUGGCGUUGCAGCAAGACCUAACCACAAUGGCCCCUGGAUUAAUUAUACAGGCAGUUCGAGUUACAAAGCCAAACAUCCCUGAAACAAUUCGGAGGAAUUAUGAGCUCAUGGAGAGCGAGAAGACAAAGCUGCUGAUUGCAGCACAGAAGCAAAAGGUGGUGGAGAAGGAAGCGGAGACAGAAAGGAAGAAGGCUCUCAUUGAGGCAGAAAAAAUUGCACAAGUUGCUGAAAUAACUUAUGGACAGAAAGUGAUGGAAAAAGAAACAGAGAAACGGAUUUCAGAGAUUGAAGAUGCUGCGUUUCUUGCAAGAGAGAAGGCAAGAGCUGAUGCUGAAUGCUAUACUGCUAUGAAAAUAGCCGAGGCUAACAAGCUGAAGUUAACUCCCGAGUAUUUGCAGCUGAUGAAAUACAAGGCUAUUGCAGCAAACAGCAAGAUCUAUUUUGGCAAAGAUAUUCCCAACAUGUUCAUGGACUAUGCAGGUAGCCAGAGUAAAUUUGCAGAGGGACUUGCAGAAGGAAUCCAUGAAGAAGAUGGGGCAGGACCCAGUGAAGACACAAAAGUGCUUCAUAAAACCAACUGAAAAAGAAACAUUUAUAUUUGUUUUAUAUCAAAAGAAACACGAACUGGGAAGUUCCUUUUUGUUGUUCCCUUUUCCUGUACUGAAAGAGAUAAAAGAAAAAUUUAAUCCUCUCAAUCUUUUGUAUGACAAUUAGACACAGUGAACUUUGGUAUUUAUGGAAUGUUGUUUCUGGUAACUGCUAAGUAAUCUGCUCCAGAUAUGUCUGCUAGAUGCACCUCUCCCUUCUAGUGGGCUAUAAACCCAGUGAUUCCAGAGAGGCUAAGCUAGCUAGGCUAUCUGUUCUGCAGCCAGCUUAGAUGGUUAAUGAGUUUUGAGCUGAGGUUGUUGGUAGCAGUUGGAAGCUUUGAGAUUUUGGCAGGAGGGGGGGAUUGCUGCUAUGACCUUUUUUUUUUCCUAGCUGGAAAUUUCUAGUACUUAAUUCAAAUCCCUUUGAGAAGAAAACAUAAAAGGUGCUAGACUUUUUGUACACUACCCAUGUCUGCUUGAAGGCAUUGCUCAGAUGAUGGGUCAUUGCCUGGGAGCACUGGGACUAACAGCCCGUGGGUAACCCCAGGCCCAUCCUCCCUUCAAGGUGUAGCAAAUACAUGAAACCAGCAUUUACUGAGGUCUGAGCAAACGUGUUUUGCCUCAGUAGUGCAGUUGAGACCGCAUGCACAGUGAGGUACAGCACUUCAGCUGUUACCCUGGGGGAGUUGUAAGCCUUAGACUGCGUGUCACACAGGUAGUGGCCCAAACUACUCAUUUUUUUGCAUUUUUAACACUGGUUUCUUUUCCAUUUGUUAUACUUGAGGAGGGCAGAGGAGAGUUUGUGUUCAUCUGCUGGCUGAGGGGCUUAGAUGUGCUGGUGGAGGCAGUGCCUGCCAGUGGCUAUUUGGACUGGUGCAACCAGGCUGCAAGCAUGGUACUUGUUGCAGAUGUCAUAGACAGAAAAGAAGUAGAGAGAAUGCAGUUUUUGUCUCAGGGACCCUUGCAAAAAGCCUUGCUAGUGAGCAACUGCUUGAGUGAUUCAUCCCACAGUCACUGCAGUACUUCUGCUGUUCUGCAAGACCAAUGGGAUUUCAGUGUUUGCAGUAUUAUAUUAGGAAGAGGAUAUUCAGAGAAGCUGAAAUGAAUGGAACAUUGUACCUGGGUGGUUUUAUCUGCAACAGACCUUGAGAUCUCCUGAGAGCAAAAGACUCAAAGCACCAUCUUGGGGGGGAGAAAAUCACAGGGCAGAUAUGACCACCUCUUCUCUCUGGGCUGUUCAAAGAGAAACAUUCCUUCUUUGGUCAGAACAGUGAGAUGUGAUGUACCUUUCAUUUCAGACAAUGGAUUCAUUUUUCAUUGCUCAGAUGCAAAUUGGUAAUAGGUCUCUUGUUUUACACGUGCAAAACUUGAGGGGGUAUUAAAGGCAAAAGUUCAAGGCUAGAGAAUUUCUUUUCCCUCUCCCCCAAAUCCAUCUGCCACUUGGCAGGAGAGCCUGCUUAUUAAUUGCUGUUAUAAUUUGCAGCCAAUGCAUCCCUUAUAAGAUGAUGAAAGCAUAAGCACUACGUUGGUCAGGACCAACCUGUUGAAUUUACGAUCUUAUACCCCAAAUGCUUGCUGCUUUACUAAGCUUGGUUUCACAUUUCAGUGUUUUAAAGAUGCAUUAAUCAUUUUAAAGAAGUAAUUUACACUAAGAAAUCUCAUUAAUUUCUGCUGCUUGUUCCAGUAUUUUUCAUUUCAGUUUUAUUUUCCCUGUCAGAAGAAUUACAGCUGAUACUUGAAAACACAGAAUAAAAGAGAUUGUCAGUUUCUGAUGGAGAAAAAUCCCAUCUCCUUGAUGUCAUCUUUAUAUUUGUUGGAAAAUCUUAAGCUAAGGAAAGUUCCAUCCCCAGACUGACAACACAGUGGUCAUAAAGACCACAUUGGGGGGUAGGCUGUAAUAUUGCUUACUCUAAAUGUGUCUGUGCAAGAAGAUGUUGAACAAAGACCAGCAGAAAUGCAGGAGUGAGGUCACAGUAUCUAAACCUUUCAGGGUGAUCUCAUUUGCUUUAGCAUUGUUCUGCAUUCAUGUUAAGGUUUUCCAUUAGUAAACUAAAACCUCCUUUUGAUGAAUGUGUUUUCACUGAUGGACCCAGAUAAACCAAGUGGUAUUAUAAAGGAUGUUAUCGUAUGAGUUCACUGUAAAACAAUAGCUUGGAAGAAAUAGGUCUUAUGGAUUUUCAAUUGAAAACGUUAGUGCUGAAGUAUUUCUCAGAGGAAGGGGAAGAAGGAUCAGCCAGUAUUAUUGACUUCAAACUUGCAUUUUUAAAGCAUUUUGGGAACCUUUGUGGUUCUGCACUACUGCAAACCAAGUCGUUUAAUUAACCUAUUAACAGAUUAACACAAAAAGAAAGCAAGAACAAAGCUGAAAUCGUACCAGUCCUUACAGGCCAGGGUUGAUGGUUGCUUUUCAUUCUAGUUCUAUAAUCUAUGUAUUAAUUUCUUUUAAUUUUCCAGUGUGGAGGUGUCGAUCUUUAUCCCAUUUAUCUCUUUCAUUGUCGUUCUGUCAUCUCCAUAAUCUUGCAAUCUCUGAAGGAAGAUCUAAACGCUAAAAGCAGCUCUGUGUGAUAAAGAAGCACAGGUUUGCUGUUUGGCACUGCUAUACUUGGGAACUGCUGGCAGAGGGGCAUUGGUGAUGCUUUACCAUCGCAGCUGUGGAUCUGUAUACUGAAUUCAAAGCCUUUUUAUUUUGAUACUUGCUACAAUAAUAAAAUGGCCUUCAAUUUUAA